GGUUACAUGCUUACACUCAUGAGUGAGUAAGUGAAAAAGGAGUCGCUAAAACUCCUCGUGGUGAGUGAACGAAACUCGUUCAAUACAACGUUUCAGCUCACUAUCUCACUCUUACUCACUUUGCACAUCUCUACUUUACACCCAGGCACCAGAUUGGCGGUAGCUAAGAGUAAAACCAUGCUCACCAUCAGUCAGCAUCGAAAUAAUCACCUUCCAGUACGUUACCCUUGGCACAAGUUUGUAAUGAUUGUUUCAAAGGCGGGAAAUUUAUCCAUACACGCACUGAUGUACCGCAGAUAAGCGUACAUUUUUUUAUAACGCAAUACUCUAACUCUUUUUUAUUUAAAAAAAACAUAAUUCAACUCUCUAAAUCAAUUAGCUAAGAAAUUAAUUCCAACUGCAAGAAGCAUUAUAAUACAAAUUUCCAUCGCACUCCCAUCACGUGCAUACAGAAACUUUUCCUCACAUACUGUCGAUACAAUUACUCUGUGGGAAAAGCACACACCACUGAAUGCGGCGAAGGUAAGCAGAACAAAUGAUGUGUAAAAAUAAAUUACCUUCAAAGUUACCACACUUACACACACACACACACACAUACCUAAGCGUGUAAUGAAAAAGCUCCCGGAUCUAUACUGACAUUCGACACGGAACGCGCCUUCCAUAAGGCAAGCGCGAUCAGUACGAGUACUUUGGCUGCAGGCAUACAUUUUUCACUGCUUUCCCACACCGUAAUGAACAACAGUUUGGGUUUGCGUUACGAGACUAACUACAGAAAAAAAGCCAGGAAAAAACCACCAAAAAAAUAAAUAAAUAUCGGAAUGUAAAGAUAUGAACGAAUUGCACUGCACCAACCGGUCCCAAAUAUACGACCAAUCGGGUGUUUUUUUUUUGUUUUCCACCCCACCAAUUUUUUCUGGUUGUUAUUUGUUGUUGUUGUUGGCAGGGUGUGUGUGUAACAGGCCUUCAUCAGAUUUUUUCGCUGAUUGAAGUCUUUCCUCGUCGUGGCUUCAAAAAAGGGGUUGGAAGCAAUUUCAGCCGCUUCCUGUGGAUACCAAACAACACACAGCGGCAUAUCCGUAUCCAGGCAGUGAAGUGUGGCAGCACGUAGUAAGCGUUGGAUAGUUUCCUACCGCGCUACUGUGUGUUCGAUUUAAAGUGGAAAUUAAUGCUCAAUACUUGGUACCACAUUGCACGUUUGCACCUCGCAUGGUACGGACGCACAGCCGAUUGUUCUUCCAUUCGCAUUCCGUUUGUGAGUUUAGUGCAUUUACACCCAAUACUGUGCGUGUGUGUGUGUGUGUGUGUGGACACGUUUUUUUAUUUUUGUCUGUGAAGAAAAAGAAUGCCCAUGAUCGGUUCACAAGCAUAGAAAUAUGGCGGAAGAAAAGAAGAAAAAAGAGGAAAAGGAGGAAGAUCCUUGCUCUGCGUUUGUGGGACGGUACGUUAUCAAAACGAUGCGCUUGAAGGAUGAAAAGUGGCAAAAACUGAUCGGCAAUGAGGAGCUGCGUACGAUCGUGAUGGAUUGGGUGUUGCAUCCGGCCGUCAUGAAGCUAUUCAUUACGCUUAACAAUGCAGGAGCGCUGGUGCCGAGUUACCAUUUUCCAACCAACGCCAAGGGCAAGAUAUGCUAUUACGUCAAGAUCUCGGAGAUGGCUUUGGAAAUUGGGAAAAUUCGUGAGCAACUCAUUUACGGCGACCUAACACCGAAUCCGAUCGAUGAUCUGUCGAUUUUGGUUGAUGAAAUUUUUUACCCGAUGAUAAACAACCCACAAAACCAAGAAGGAUGGCCUACGGCAAUCGUUAAGGACAUCGAUAAUCAUGUCCAGGAAUUGCGAAACAUUAUUUCCGAGGUGAAAGGCAAUAUCAUAAAUCAAACGCUUCUCCCGAUGCCUAUUGCUAUCGACAACAUUAUGCAGGUCGGUGAAGAAGUUCUCGAAGGCAACAUCGAUGCAUGCAGCCUGAAAAUGAAAAACUCCCUCGAGGGCAUUAUAAUUAAGUGGGCUUGCCAGAUUAACGACGUACUGAAGGAAGAUUCGUCGCAGGCAUUUAAAGACGGGCGGCAUCCGACGCCGGUGGAGGAAAUUAACUUUUGGGAAUCGCGACAGAAAAAUCUACGCAACAUCUACGCCCAGCUAACCGAACCGAAAUCGCGUCAAAUUGGUAUCAUUCUCGAGGGUAUCGAUUCGGUGUACUCAUCAUCGUUCAAGAACACGUUCCGGAGCGUGGUCCAAGCGGUACACGAAGCGGAUGAUAUUUCGCUAUACUUGAAACCGCUGGUAAGUAAAAUAUCGAUCGCUUUCGGUAGAACCGGUUCUUUGAUGCAAUCAUUGUUACGCGUGUUCUUUCAGCGGAAAACGUUCGAAACUUUUGAGAGUACGGAUUUUAUGGAUUCGGCCGAUAUGAUAUCGCCCAUGCUUCACCUUGUAUGUUUAGUGUGGGCCCACUCGUGCUACUAUGGCAUCAAUUCUCGAUUGGUGAUUCUGUUCAAAAUGAUAAGCAACAUGAUGAUUGCGGAGGCGAGCAAAUCGCUUGAUCCUGGCUCACUGUUCCAAGGUGAGGUCGAUGAAUCGUUGAUCAAAAUCACCCAAAUCAUUGAUACUUUGGAAUUCUACAAAUCAGAGUUUCACGAUUUCCGUUCGCGGCUCAGUGAGUUUGAAAAACCGAACACUCAACCAAUCACCUGGACAUUUCGCACACGUGACAUAUUUAAUCGGCUCGACGUGUACAUAGUACGGCUUAACGAGAUCAAAGACAUUUUCAACACGGCGAACGAAUUCAAAAAGCUUGAAAAGGUAGAAAUCGGUGGCCUGAGAGGGCGUGCUAUCAGUCGCAAAAUUCAGGAAAUUUACGACGACUACAACAAGCUCUAUCAACGCUGGGGAUCGAUACAGUACGAUCCGUUGGAUCCCGAUCCGAAGCUGAAGGGGUUCCAAAAGGAUCGGCAACGCUAUUUAGAGAAGGCAAGCAUUCUCGAACGAAGACUCGCGGCUCAAUUCGUUCUUGCUUUUGAGGAGUGUUUCAAUGUGGAGCAAUUGAUGAAACUCGUGCAAGUGUUGGGUAGUUUGCUGAACAGAGUUCUCAUACAACCGGAUGUGUCUCAAAAGAUCACCAGCAUCGUUGAGCUAUUUGAUGCAGAUCUAAAUGCAAUUAAAACCAUAUACGAGAGUGGGUUUGAGGAAUUCCAAGCUAAAGGGCUGAAAGGAAUUCCAAUCGAUGAUGGGUUCCCGCCGGUAGCAGGAGCUAUAGCCUGGGUGCACAAGUUGCAAGAUCGUAUCAAGAAGCCGAUCAAUGAACUGGCGAUGAUUGACCUACCGAUAUUCCAAAAUGAGAAAGGACAACGUGUAUUGCAAAAGGCGGAACAACAGAAGGAACAGUUGGAGGAGUUUGAGCAACAGCUCUUCUCAACAUGGGUAGCCGACGUUACGAAACAUAUUGACAAUUUCAUGAGUAAAUCACUGCUCAGCAGAACCGACCCUCGUUUGCUGGAGAUGAACUUCAAUCAGAUUCUUCAAACCAUUAUGGCAGAAGUUCGUUACCUCAAGUGUAUGAAAACCGUUAACAUACCAGAAAAGGCACAGCAUUAUUAUGCCUCUGGAGAAGCUCUCUGGAACGCUCGGAUGAAACUUUCGCGCAUUGUUGAAUGGUACAAUGAAAUAUGCAAAACGUGUGCACCGUGCGAGUUCGAACUGAUACAAAAAGAGAUUGACGAAAUCGACGCAAUACUAGCGGACGCAUGCUCUGGAAGGAUCGAUUGGAAUAACUUUAAUCAAACCUUUAUUGACGGGUUGUACGACAAACUGUACAAUCUGUAUUCGCGUGUACUAAAGGCGAAGGCAAACAUAAAGAAAGUUCAAACCAGCAUUCGUGGCUGGGGUCAGAUUCCACUGUACGAACGGCUAAACGGUGAUAACAACUCGCUCAUCAACAUCGAAAACCGUUCCUUAAUCGUUCAACGGCGGCUUGAGGCGUGUCUGGACACGAAGAAGCUUAUCGAGAAGGUGAUGGAUGAAAACUUCAAGCUGUAUUUUGAUUAUCUGGUCGCCUUGUCCGAAGAGAAAUUGUCCUCCACUAGCGGAACGGGAUCGCAAAGAAGAAGUAGCGUUAUAAUGCCCGCUGUUGAGCAGGCCCCUCAAGAGGAGCCGCAACAGUCGGCGAAUGUUGUAGCUUUGGAAGUGCCAGACAUUGAGGAAGAACAAUCUGCUGCUGAUACGUUGGAUGAUGUGCCGUCUCUAGAUCAGUCCGAGCUGGGAAAGAAUCUCUCCCAGCUGGAAUUGUUCCGCCCGUACGAGGAGUACGUGGAUUCUAUACUUUCGAAAGAAAUUAUGGACGCGGUGCACGUAAGCGUCAAAUACAUCAUGUUCGAAAUGGAAAAUCGGCUGAAGCACGAUACACCGAUAUUCGAGAUAAAGUACGAGCUCCAUCCACCCGACACUCGUUUCUGUCCAUCGCUUGAUCCUUAUGAUCCGGAUGGGUUCUUUGCCCUAGUUGAGAGUAUGAUCACCGAUAUCUAUUGCAUGUCGGACAUGAUACCACGUGUAGCCCAACCACCAGAAAAUGAACGCACGGAUGACGAAGGCAAUGUUUAUCCGGAAACCUACAUCACUCACCUAAGCAAUAAUGAUGCCAUCGAGCGUAUGAAGCACUCCAUCAUGCUAAUGGUCAUCCAAUCCACAAGGGAGGCGGAAAAGUAUGUCAAACAGUUCGAUAACUACAACUAUCUAUGGCUGGACGAUAAGCACAGUGUGUUAGCUCAAUUCCUCAAAUAUGGACGACCGCUAACGCAAGACGAGAUGGAAAUGUUACUCUCGACGGAAACUCCACUCAAGGAGGUAGCACCAACUUUGGAACAGUUUAAGGCCCAGAUCGAUAGCUACAUCGAUCUCUUUGAUGAGGUGUACCAAACGGAAGUGUCGCACGUGUUUGACAAAUGGCUGUUGAUAGAUUUCCGUCACUUCAAACACAAGCUGCUGCACGAAAUAGGCAAAUGGUCUAACAUUUACAAGCAAACGUUGAUCGAUCGUGUGGUGGUGAGCUUGCAAGAGCUGGAAGAGUUCAGCAUUGAAUGUGACGAGGUGCUCGGGCUCGAUGCGGCUGAGGAAGACUUCCCUACGCUGCUCAAGAUACUGUCCGUAUUGAAUAAAAUCAAAGAGCGAGAAACCGCUACCGACAACAUGUUCGAACCGUUGAAAGCAACCGUUGAUCUGCUGAAAACGUACAACGUGGAGUUUAAUGAAACAGUAUACAAGCAGUUUACUGAGCUGCCUGAACGAUGGCUACACAUGAAGAAGACGGCUCAGAAGGUGCGGGAAAAGAUUGCCCCAGCCCAAGCCUACCAAGUAGAUCUCAUCCGGAAGCGCAUCAGUCUGUUUGACAUUCGCAUGAAACUUUACCGUGACGGAUUUAAGAAGCUGCCCUGCUUCAAGGUCCCUUGCAAGAACGUGUACGACAUUUGUGAUCAGGUCAAUCUGGAGCUUAACAUUAUGGAGACACAGCUGAAAAACUUAACCGAUUCGGCGGGCCUUUUCGAACUCAGUCCACCAGAUGACACAAAACUGCGCCUUUGCCGGAAAGAGGUGAAAAUGUUGAAACAAAUUUGGGACUUUGUGUACACGGUUGAAUCCUGUGUAAACGAUUGGAAGAAAACAUCCUGGAAGAAAAUUGAUGUCGAAACAAUGGAUGUGGAAUGUAAAAAUUAUGGCAAACAAAUAAGACAGCUGGAUAAGGAUAUGCGUAACUGGGCACCGUAUCUGCAUCUAGAGGCGAUUCUGAAAAAUCUGAUGACUUCGUUGCGUGCCAUUACCGAGCUGCAGAAUCCGGCUAUUCGUGAGCGCCAUUGGUUUGAGCUGAUGCAAGCUACAAAGCUGAUACAAACAUAUGGAAAAGAUAUGCUGGUUCGCUUCCAAAUGGUGGACUCAACCACGCUUGCCGAUUUACUCGAGCUAAAUCUGCACAACUAUGAAGAAGAGGUUAAAGGAAUAGUGGACAAAUCGGUAAAAGAGAUGUCAAUGGAAAAAAUGCUCAACGACCUUCAAAUAGCGUGGAAAGAUCUACAGUUUGAUUUCGAUCCGCACGAGCGCACCAACUUGAAGCUGCUCAAAAUUUCCGAGGAAGUCAUGGAGAUGCUGGAAGAGAAUCAAGUACAGCUACAAAACUUACUAUCCUCCAAGUACGUCGCAUAUUUCCUUGAGCAAGUAUCUCGCUGGCAACUGUCACUGUCAAAUGCGGACUGUGUCAUUACCGCUUGGUUCGAGGUCCAACGCAAAUGGAUGUACUUGGAGAGUAUCUUCAUCGGUUCGGAAGACAUUCGGAACCAGCUGCCGGAAGAUUCGAAGCGUUUCGAUAACAUCGACAAGGAGUUUAAGCAACUUUUGACGGGAAUCGUCGCCAAUCCGAACAUUGUAAAGGCAACAAAUCGUCCGGGUUUGUUCGAAAAGCUUGAAGGACUGCUGGAACAGCUAAUACUCUGCGAGAAAGCGUUGAACGAUUAUCUGGAAACGAAACGUUUGGCCUAUCCCCGGUUCUACUUCGUUUCGUCCGCCGAUUUGUUGGACAUCCUGUCGAACGGAAAUCAACCCGAGCUGGUUGCAAAGCAUCUCACCAAGCUGUACGAUUCCAUCGCCAAACUUCGCUUUGACAAAACAUCCAACAAAACCGCCGUCGGUAUGGUGUCGAAGGAGAAUGAAGAAUUCGUCCAGUUCAAGGAUGAGUGUGAUUGUGAUGGUAAGGUUGAGAUAUGGCUUAACCGCAUCACCGACUCCAUGCGCAUGACGUUGCGAGACCUCUUCGAACGGUCCGUGUCCGCGUACGAGGAAAAACCGCGCGAUGCGUGGACCUUCGACUGGCCGGCACAACCGGCACUCUGUGCGACCCAAAUCUGGUGGACGACCGAGGUGAACGUUGCGUUUGCCAAGCUGGAGGAAGGUUACGAAAAUGCACUCAAAGACUAUCAGAAGAAACAGAUCCUACAGCUGAAUGCGCUCAUUGUGCUAUUGUGCGGUGAGCUUAGCCAAGGAGAUCGCCAGAAGAUUAUGACCAUCUGUACCAUCGACGUACAUUCGCGCGAUGUGGUGGCGAAAAUGAUACUGCAAAAGGUGGAAACCGGACAGGCGUUCCAGUGGCAGAGCCAGCUACGGCACCGGUGGGAUGAUAAGCAGCGGGAUUGUUUCGCAAACAUCUGCGAUGCCCAGUUCCGGUACGAUUACGAGUAUCUGGGCAAUACGCCCCGUUUAGUAAUUACACCCCUAACGGAUCGAUGCUAUAUCACCCUGACUCAGUCGCUGCAUUUAGUCAUGGGUGGUGCACCGGCAGGACCGGCCGGUACGGGCAAAACUGAAACGACCAAGGAUCUUGGCCGUGCACUCGGCAUCAUGGUGUACGUGUUUAACUGCUCCGAACAGAUGGACUACAAAUCGUGCGGCAACAUCUACAAGGGCUUAUCGCAAACCGGCGCUUGGGGAUGCUUCGACGAGUUUAACCGCAUCUCCGUCGAGGUGCUGUCCGUCGUGGCGGUACAGGUCAAAUCGAUACAGGAUGCCAUCAAGGGCAAGAAAACCAUAUUUAAUUUUAUGGGCGAAACCAUUUCGCUCGUGCCCACCGUGGGAAUUUUCAUCACCAUGAACCCCGGGUACGCGGGCCGUACCGAGCUGCCCGAGAAUUUGAAAGCGCUCUUUCGUCCGUGUGCGAUGGUCGUGCCGGAUUUUGAGCUCAUUUGCGAAAUCAUGCUGGUGGCGGAAGGUUUCCAGGAGGCACGAUUACUGGCCCGUAAGUUCAUUACGCUGUACACCCUGUGCAAGGAGUUGCUGUCGAAGCAGGAUCACUACGAUUGGGGUCUUCGGGCUAUCAAAUCGGUGUUGGUGGUUGCCGGGUCCUUAAAGGUGAGUUUACUUAAGAGUUUAUUAGAUGUCGUUUGGUUGCUUGUCAACAUUUAUGCUUUCCGUACCGCACCACAGAGAAGCGAUCGGGAACGUCCGGAAGAUCAGGUGCUGAUGCGUGCGCUGCGUGAUUUUAACAUACCGAAAAUUGUGACCGACGAUGUGCCCGUGUUUAUGGGGCUAAUUGGUGAUUUGUUCCCCGCGCUUGAUGUGCCACGUAAACGAUCGCCCGACUUUGAGAAACUAAUAAGACGUUCGACGCAAGAGAUGAAGCUACAGCCAGAGGACAGUUUCACCUUGAAGGUGGUACAGCUGGAGGAAUUGUUUGCUGUACGACAUUCCGUAUUUAUAGUCGGUAAUGCCGGUACGGGCAAAACGCAAGUGUGGAAAGCACUGUUUAAAACGUACCAGAACCAGAAACGAAAACCACACUUUAACGAUCUCAACCCGAAAGCGGUGACGAAUGAUGAGCUGUUCGGUAUCAUUAAUCCCGCUACGAGAGAAUGGAAAGAUGGUUUGUUUUCCGUCAUCAUGCGGGACCAGGCGAACAUGCCCGGUACGGGACCGAAGUGGAUAGUGCUCGAUGGUGAUAUCGAUCCGAUGUGGAUCGAAAGUUUGAACACGGUUAUGGACGACAACAAGGUGCUAACGUUGGCGAGCAACGAGCGGAUAGCGCUGACGAAGGAGAUGCGACUGCUGUUCGAAAUUUCCAACCUUCGUACCGCAACACCGGCCACGGUAUCGCGCGCCGGCAUCCUUUACAUCAAUCCGCAGGAUUUGGGCUGGAAUCCGUUCGUCGCUUCAUGGAUUGAUUCGCGCGAUACGCAGGCGGAAAAAGGCAUACUGUCGGUGCUGUUCGACAAAUAUAUUCCCCCGCUGAUGGAUGCACACAAACGAUUUAAAAAGAUUACUCCCAUAUCGGAAAUCGCCAUGAUACAAAUGACUUGCCACCUGUUGGAUUGUUUGCUGACGCCGCAAAACUUGCCACCCGAGUGUCCGAAGGAGUGGUACGAAAUAUACUACGUGUUUGCUGUCAUUUGGGGAUUCGGAUCGUCGCUUUAUCAAGAUCAGCUGGUCGAUUGGCGUACCGAGUUUCACAAAUGGUGGAUCAACGAGUUUAAGGCCAUUCGUUUCCCGCCCGGUGGAACCAUCUUUAGCUACUACAUCGAUCCGGAAACGAAGAAGUUUAACCCGUGGACGGAUUUGGUACCAUCGUUCGAGCUAGAUACGGAUAUACCACUGCAAUCGAUGUUGGUACCGACCACGGAAACGACACGACUUCGUUGGUUUAUGGAUAUACUGAUCGAAGAGAAACACCCAAUCAUGCUGGUCGGUGGUGCAGGCUCUGGUAAAAGUGUCAUCGUGGCCGAUAAGCUGAAUAGUCUCUCGUACAAGUACGCCGUAACGAAUGUGCCGUUUAAUUUCUACACCACCUCGGAAAUGUUGCAGCGUGUGCUCGAGAAACCGCUGGAAAAGAAAGCCGGACGAAACUAUGGUCCGCCGGGAAAUAAAACGAUGGUUUAUUUUGUGGACGAUAUGAACAUGCCGGAAGUUGAUGCGUACGGCACGGUCCAACCCCACACGCUGAUCCGCCAGUUUAUGGACUAUCGGCAUUGGUAUGAUCGGGCAAAGCUUUCGCUGAAGGACAUCCACAACUGCCAGUUUGUGUCGUGCAUGAACCCAACGGCCGGAUCGUUUACCAUUGAUCCACGCUUACAGCGACACUUUUGUGUGUUUGCCGUCAGCUUCCCCAGUGGCGAUCCGCUGUACCACAUCUACUACUCGGUACUGUCACAGCACCUGUCCAAUCCGUUGAACAAGUUCAAUCUAGCUACACAGAAAAUCUGUGCCGCUUUGGUAACCUGCGCUCUGAACUUACACACCAAGAUGGGACAAAUGUUCCUCCCGACGGCCAUUAAGUUUCACUACGUGUUUAAUAUGCGCGAUUUGGCGAACAUCUUCCAAGGGAUGUUGUUUGGCAACGGGGAAACGUGCCAGGAACCGAACCAACUCAUCCGACUGUGGGCUCACGAAGCAACGCGCGUGUACGGUGACAAGCUGGUCGAAGAACGGGACAUUGAUAAUUUCAACAAACUGAUAGUGGAUGUGGUGAAGAAAUCGUUUGAGGAGAUGGACGAAACGAAGGUGUUUUCAAAGCCAAUCAUUUACUCACAUUUCGCCGAAGGACUUACCGAUCCGAAGUAUAUGCCCGUGGCUAGCUGGGAGUUGCUGAACAAAACGUUGGAGGAAGCUCAGGCUAACUACAACGAUAUGAUUGGUGCGAUGAAUCUCGUGCUGUUUGAAGAUGCAAUGAGUCAUAUUUGUCGUAUCAGUCGCAUAUUGGAAGGACCUCGAGGAAAUGCACUGUUAAUCGGUGUAGGUGGAUCCGGUAAGCAGUCUCUGUCGAGGCUGGCGGCUUUUAUAUCAGGCCUGGAGGUAUUCCAGAUACAGCUCCGAAAGGGAUACAGCAUUGCGGAUCUAAAAGCAGAUUUGGCCGUACUGUACAUUAAGGCGGGAGUUAAAAAUGUUCCCUGCAUGUACCUGAUGACGGAUGCACAAGUGGCCGAAGAAUCAUUUUUGGUGCUAAUCAACGAUCUUUUAGCAUCGGGUGAGAUCCCUGAGCUAUUCCCGGAGGAUGAAAUAGAUAACAAUAUCAUCAAUGCGCUGCGCAAUGAAGUUAAACAGCUGGGAAUGAUGGAUUCCAAGGAGAAUUGCUGGAAGUAUUUCAUCGAAAAGGUUCGCAAGUCACUCAAGCUAGUAUUGUGUUUCUCACCGGUUGGUUCCACACUGCGUGUAAGAGCUCGUAAAUUUCCAGCAAUCGUCAAUUGUACCGCCAUCAACUGGUUCCAUGAAUGGCCCAAAAAUGCCUUGGAAUCUGUAUCGACACGCUUCCUUUCGGAAAUUGAAGUACUGCCGCCGGAACUGGUUGAACCCAUUGCUGUGUUUAUGUCGUACGUGCACGGUACAGUGAAUGAGAUGUCUCAAACAUAUCUACAAAACGAGCGCCGCUAUAAUUAUACCACACCGAAAUCAUUUCUGGAACUUAUUUCCCUGUACGCUAAGCUGCUCACGGAUAAAACGCUUGAGCUGCAUGAUCGUAUCCAUCGUCUGGAGAGCGGUAUCCUGAAAUUGGCCGAGUGUGCCAAACAGGUGGACUCAUUACAACUUCAGCUGGCCGAUCAAGAGAUAGUGCUCAAAGUGAAAAAUGAAGAAGCAGAUAAACUGAUCAAGGUGGUUGGUGCGGAGAAUGAAAAGGUACAAAAGGAAAAGAACAUUGCCGCCGAAGAAGAGCUAAAGGUGCGCGUGAUCGAAGAAGACGUUGGCGCCAAGGCGAAGAUAUGCGAGGAAGAUCUCCGUAAAGCUGAACCGGCAUUACUUGCCGCUCAGGCUGCCCUGGAUACACUCGACAAGACGAAUCUGACGGAAUUGAAAUCGUUUGGAUCCCCGCCGGAUGCUGUCGUUAAUGUGUGCGCUGCUGUGUUAGUGCUGUUCUCACCCAAGGGUAAAAUACCGAAAGAUCGCAGCUGGAAGUCGUGUAAGAUGAUCAUGAACAAGGUGGAUGUCUUCUUGAACGAUCUCCUCUACUACGACAAGGAGCACAUCCAUCCUGACGUGAUUAAGGCACUGCAGCUCUAUCUUAAAGACCCUGAGUUUGAUCCGGACAAGAUUCGGGCUAAAUCAAUCGCUGCUGCCGGUCUGAGUGCAUGGGUCAUCAACAUACACAGGUUCUACGAAGUCUACCAAGUGGUCGAACCGAAGCAGCGUGCGCUUAACGAAGCGCAAACUGAGUUAAAGGAUGCGCAAGACAAGCUCAUGGAGCUGACGUCCAAGAUUACCGAGCUGGAGGAUAAGCUGGGUGUGAUCGAAGCUACGUUCAAGAAUGCGCUGGCGGAGAAGCAAAAGUGUCAGGACGAGGCGGACAAGACGGCCUUUACUAUCGAUCUGGCGCAUCGUUUGGUGAACGGACUGGCAUCGGAAAAUGUGCGCUGGCGGGAAUCGAUAGCCAUGCUGAAGGGUCAAACAGUGACCCUACCGGGCGAUGUGCUAUUGGUUGCUUGCUUUAUCAGCUAUGUCGGUUGCUUCACCAGACGAUACCGCGUCGAGUUGCAGGAAAAACUGUGGAUUCCCACGUUUCGCAUGUCCCGACCGAUGAUACCGUUCACGGAAGGUGUUGAUCCGCUGAGUUUGAUCUGUGACGAUGCAAUGAUCGCCUCGUGGAACAACGAAGGUUUGCCGUCUGAUCGCAUGUCGGCUGAAAAUGCGACCAUACUGACGUAUUCCUCCCGUUGGCCACUCAUGAUCGAUCCACAACUUCAAGGAAUCAAGUGGAUCAAGCAGAGAUAUGGUGACGAGUUAACAGUUUUACGCCUUACCGUACGUGGAUAUCUGGAUGUGAUCGAACGAUGUGUGGUGAAUGGAAAAAUUCUUCUAAUUGAAAACAUUGGCGAAACUGUCGAUGCCGUACUUGACCCGUUGUUGGGUCGUAUGCUGGUGAAAAAGGGCCGCUGUCUUCGGAUGGGAGAAAAGGAAAUCGACUACAAUCCUAGCUUCCAGUUGAUUCUACAGACAAAGCUGGCUAAUCCACACUACAAACCGGAGAUGCAGGCUCAAACGACUCUGAUCAACUUUACCGUCACCCGAGAUGGCCUAGAGGAACAACUACUUGCCGAGGUAGUGAAGGCUGAGCGUCCCGAUUUGGAGAAACAGAAAGCUGAUCUAACGACCGAACAAAACAAAUUUAAAAUCACACUCAAACUAUUGGAGGAUGAUCUACUGAGUCGGCUUUCGUCCGCUGGCGAGAAUGUGCUCGAAGACGCUUCCCUUGUACUGAAUCUUGAGAAAACGAAGAAAACUGCCGCCGAGGUUGAGAUCAAAGUUCGGGAAAGCAAGAAAACAUCCGAAGCGAUUGACAUCGCUUUCGAAAGCUAUCGUUCAGCGGCCGAGCGAGCGUCUAUUUUGUAUUUUAUACUAAACGACCUGCACAAGAUCAAUCCCAUCUAUCAGUUUUCGCUGAAAGCGUUUACAACUGUAUUCAAAGAUGCGAUUGCCAAAACACCUUCAGCGGACAAGCUAAAAGAACGCGUCAUUAACCUGAUCGAAUCGAUAACAUUUGCGGUACACAUGUACACCACGCGUGGUUUAUUUGAGAAGGACAAACUAAUUUUUAUGGCGCAAAUGGCGAUCCAGAUUCUGCUCCAUGCGAAAGAGAUCGAUCCAACAGAACUUGACUUCUUGCUACGCUUCCCGUACACACCCAAUCUUACGUCUCCGUUCGAUUUCCUAUCCAAUAGUGGCUGGGGUGGCAUUAAAGCGCUAGCCAACAUGGAUGAGUUCCGUGCGUUGGAUAAAGAUAUUGAAGGAUCUGCUAAGCGAUGGCGGAAGCUGGUCGAAUCGGAAUGCCCCGAGCGGGAAAAGAUGCCAGGUGAAUGGAAAAACAAGAACGCAUUGCAAAGGCUGUGCAUAAUGCGCUGUCUGCGUCCGGAUCGCAUGACGUACGCCAUACGCUUUUUCGUCGAGGAGAAGCUCGGUGCCAGAUACGUCGAGGCACGGACGGUAGAGUUUGCCCGCUCGUUUGAGGAAUCAAGUGCGAGUACACCGGUAUUCUUCAUCCUUUCUGCCGGCGUUGAUCCGCUAAAGGAUGUGGAAAAGCUGGGCAAGAAAAUGAAGUACUCGUCGGACUAUGGCAACUUCUACAAUGUGUCCCUCGGACAGGGUCAGGAAGUGGUUGCGGAGGCGGCAAUGGACGUGGCCUGUAAGGAGGGUCACUGGGUGAUAUUGCAAAACAUUCACUUGGUUGCGAAAUGGUUACCAACAUUGGAAAAGAAGAUGGAAGCGACACAAGAAGGAGCAAACGAGAACUACCGUCUCUUCAUCAGCGGAGAACCAGCACCGUCGGCCGAGUAUCACAUCAUACCGCAGGGCAUUCUGGAGUCGGCUAUAAAGAUCACGAACGAACCACCCACGGGUAUGCUGGCCAACGUACACAAAGCGCUCGAUAACUUCAACCAAGAAACGCUGGAAAUGUGCGGCAAAGAGGCAGAAUUCAAAGCAAUUCUGUUCUCUCUGUGCUAUUUCCAUGCGGUUGUGGCGGAACGGCGCAAGUUUGGUCCACAGGGAUGGAAUCGCUCCUAUCCCUUCAAUGUUGGUGAUCUCACUAUCAGUGUUUAUGUGCUGUAUAACUAUCUGGAGGCGAACAAUCGUGUACCGUGGGAAGAUCUGCGGUAUCUGUUUGGCGAGAUCAUGUACGGAGGCCAUAUCACGGAUGAUUGGGAUCGUCGGCUGUGCCGGACGUAUCUGGAGGAGUUUAUGCAACCGGAGCUGGUGGACGGAGAUCUGAACUUUGCGAUAGGUUUUCCAGCACCUCCAAAUCUGGACUACGUUGGCUAUCAUAACUACAUCGACGAUAAUUUGCCGUCAGAGUCACCGCAUUUGUACGGACUGCAUCCGAAUGCUGAAAUCGGCUUUCUGACCACUCUGUCCGAGCAAGCGUUCAAGACAAUCUUCGAACUACAACCACGAGACUCCGGUGCGUCGAGCAGCUCCUCCAUUAGUCGUGAGGAUGUGGUGAAAAACAUUAUCGAUGACUUUCUCGACAAAUUACCUGAGGAAUUCAACAUGGUGGAACUGAUGGCUCGAGUCGAAGAUCGCACACCGUUCAUAAUUGUCGCGUUCCAAGAGUGCGAACGGAUGAACAUUCUCGUGCGUGAAUUAAAACGAUCAUUGCGUGAGCUGCUGCUUGGUCUGAAGGGUGAAUUGACCAUCACCACCGAUAUGGAGACACUAGAGGGAUCCCUGUUCUUUGAUCACGUGCCGGAUAACUGGACCAAGCGUGCAUACCCGUCGAUGUACGGGCUGCAGUCGUGGUUCGCCGAUUUGCUGAUACGCAUCAAGGAGCUAGAGGCGUGGUCGAACGACUUCAACCUACCUUCGUCGGUGUGGCUGGCUGGGUUCUUCAAUCCGCAAAGCUUUCUCACGGCCAUCAUGCAGCAGACGGCUCGCAAAAACGAAUGGCCCCUGGACAAGAUGUGUCUCAGCUGCGACGUGACCAAGAAGUGGAAGGAGGACUUUAGUGCUCCACCCCGCGAAGGCGCAUACGUGAACGGGCUUUUCAUGGAGGGAGCCCGAUGGGACAUAAACGUUGGCUCGAUUGCGAACUCCUUGAUGAAGGAACUGUUUCCCCAGAUGCCUGUCAUCUACAUCAAAGCCAUCACGCAGGACAAACAGGAGACGAAGAAUAUUUACGAGUGUCCUGUUUACAAAACACGAACCCGCGGUCCCACAUUCGUGUGGACGUUCAACUUGAAAACGAAGGAAAAAUCAGCCAAAUGGACUCUCGGUGGUGUUUGUUUGUUGCUUCAGGUUUGAACAAACAUUCAAUUCUAAAUUAUGCACUCUAGUGAUUACCUUUUAUGCUUUCAAUGAAUUGAUAAAAACAUUCAACUAAAUCAUCACAACUGUUUCUAAUCAAUAAAUUGGCUAUUAUGUUGUGUAUAAACAUAAUAACAGUAAAA